AGGACAUGUACUUGCCAGGGUGAAGUCUGGGGCUUGACUACCGCUACAGUGUCUUGUCAACCCAUGUCACUUACAGCGGUUCUCAACCUGUGGGUCGCGACCCCUUUGGCGGUCGAAGGACCCUUUCACAGGGGUCGCUUAAGACCAUCCUGCCUAUCAGAUAUUUACAUGACGAUUCAUCACAGUAGCAACAUGACAGUGAUGAAGUAGCAACGAAAAUAAUGUUAUGGUUGGGUCACAACAUGAGGAGCUGUAUGUAAAGAGCCAGAAGGUUGAGAACCACUGCAUGAUAUAUUGCUUGGACUCUUCCAAGUGCUCCCACUGUGUCCUUAGGACAGCCCUGUGGUAGAAGGUUAUUACUGGCACAGGAUCCUGGAGUGACCUGUCCAACAUCGCCCUGCACUUUCCAGUCCUAGAGCUGGGGGCUGGGGGCCGGAUUUCUAGUUGAAAACGCCAAUGCCUGUCCUGUUUCCUCCCGCGAUCUUUUCCUCCGAGCGUACUCAAGGCAAGCAGUGAAACAAACAAGCAGAUUUCCCACGGACAAUGAAUUCUCAAACAGCCAGUGUGGAACAACAGGCAUUUCAGCCGGACGAUGGAAGAACUGGUGCACGACCUGGUGUCGGCCCUGGAGGAGAGCUCGGAGCAGGCCCGCGGCGGCUUUGCGGAGACGGGGGACCACGCGCGGAGCCUGUCCUGCCCCCUGAAACGCCAGGCCCGGAAAAGGAGAGGGAGGAAGCGCAGGUCCUACAACGCCCAUCACCCCUGGGAGGCCGGCCACGGCCUGAGCGAGGGCUCCGACUCCAGCUUGGAGGAGCCGAGCAAGGACUACAGGGAGAACCCCGCCAGCCAUAAGCAAGAUCACAGCGACUCCGACGACCAGAUGCUGGUGGCCAAGCGCAGGCCGGCGUCCACGCUGAACAGCAGCGUGCGGGGCAAGCGGCCGCUGUGGCACGAGGCGGACUUGGCCUUGGACGGCCUGGGGAGCCGCAGCCUGCGGCGCCGGAGGAAGGUGAAGCGCAUGGCCCUGGACCUGCCGCAGGACGCGUGCAAGCGCCCCAUGACCCAGCCCCCCGACGGCUGCAGGGACCAGGACAUGGACCAGGACCGGGCGUACCAGUACCCGGAGUUUGCCAAAAGCAAAGUCAAGAAGCGGAAACUGAGGGUCCCCAGGCAGGGACCCAAAACCCAAGACGAAGGCGUGGUUUUAGACAGCGAGGAGCUGAGCCAGACCAAGGACAAGAUGGAAUACGAAGAGCAGAAGGUGUCCGACGAGCUCAUGAGUGAAAGCGAUUCCAGCAGCCUCAGCAGCACGGAUGCUGGCUUGUUUACCAACGAUGAGGGAAGGCAAGGGGACGACGAGCAGAGUGACUGGUUUUACGAAAAGGACUCGGGCGGAGCGUGUGGCAUCACGGGGGUCAUUCCCUGGUGGGAGAAGGAAGAUCCCAGCGAGCUGGACAGACACUUGCCAGACCCCGUCUUUGAAAGUAUCCUAACGGGUUCCUUCCCCCUCAUGUCGCAUCCCGCGAGAAGAGGUUUCCAAGCUAGACUCAGUCGCCUCCGUGGAAUGCCUUCCAAGAAUAUUAAAAAGUCUGGAGGGACCCCACCUUCAAUGGGGACCGCUCCGGGGCCAGUCAGUAACAAGAGGAUGGUUCACUUCUCCCCGGAUUCUCACCACCACGACCACUGGUUCAGCCCCGGGGCCAGGACCGAGCACGGCCAGCAUCAGCUUCUGAGAGACAGCCGAGCCGAGAGAGGACACAAGAAAAACUGCUCUGUGAAGACGGCCAGCAGGCAAACCAGUAUGCAUUUAGGAUCCUUGUGCAUGGGAGAUGUCAAACGGAGAAGGAAGGCAGCACCCUUGCCUGGACCUCCUACAACAGGAUUCGUCGGAGAAAACGCCCAGCCCAUCUCAGAAAACAACAUAGGGAACCGCAUGCUCCAGAACAUGGGCUGGACACCUGGUUCGGGCCUCGGACGCGAUGGCAAGGGGCUGGCCGAGCCCAUUCAAGCCAUGCAGAGGCCAAAGGGAUUGGGACUUGGAUUUCCGCUACCAAAAAGCACUCCCGCAGCCCCCAGCACCCCCAUCCCCGCCUCGGGGACAUCCACCUAAGAAGAAACACUUCACAGUUUUGCUUCGCUUGCUCUGUGUCCCGUUGUUCUGAAAUUACAGCACAGCUUCUGUUCGUGGAGCAGAAAUCGACAAGGCCUCAGACUUGUCACGCCAGCUUCCUAACCGCAUCCAGUCCACGGCGACAGAGAUGCGCUUUCAUCCCAGCUCAUGGUGCUCAAGUUCAAACCAUUCCCUUUAAAUGUUGUCAGCAACUUUUGGCUGUUUUUAGAUAUAAAGAACAGCUCACUUCUCUUAUUUA